UCCCUCCCCCUUCCGUUUCUAUUUGUGAAGGGAGGAGGAAGGCAGAGGCGGGCUGGUGUCUCUGGCCGGGGACUGGAAUUUCAUCUGAAUGACUGCCCCUGCGCGCACGCAGCGCCCCGGAGUCGGCCCGCCUGCGCCCCGCAGCCCGCACCCGCACCCGCACCCGGCUGGGCAGCCGGGGGGCGCCUGCGCCGCGGUCCGGGAACCGCCAGUUCGCGUCGCCCGCCCGCUCCCGAUCUAGCUGCCCUCGGCUCGGCCGCUCCCGCUUCCUCGGCUUCUCGGACCCCGGACGCGGCGAGUGAGGUGCUGCGCGGGCGAGCCGGGAGGGAGCCCCAUCGCCGCCGCCGCUGCCGCCUGAGGAAGUGUGCGGCUCCCGGGCUCUGUCCGCUGCGGGGCGCGCCCCAAUGUCAGCCGCGAAGCCGGGCGCAGGCCGCGGGCCGCCGCCGGCCUAGCAGCGCGGACGGGGGCGGAGGCGGCCUCUUAUAUGGAAUUUGGACCCCGGCUCUCCCCUCCAGGGCUGGUGUCCCGGCCGCGGCCCUGGCGCAGUCCGCCGCCUCCCGCUAGGCGUUCGGGAGGAGGAGGAGACGCAGCCGGCUGCGCGCGCGGCGGGAGGACCGAAGCUCCCUCUUCUGGGGGGCAGGCGCGAGGAAGGCGCUGGUGACUGAGCGACUGUCGGGGCUGCCUGGGUCCGGAGCUCGGGGCUCGGUGGGCCUGCAGCUGCUCGGGACGGACCCGCAGAGUUGGGCAGUGGGGGAGGCCCGCCCGGGCCCCCUGCCCGCGGCCGCCAUGGCGGAGAAUUGGAAGAACUGCUUCGAGGAGGAGCUCAUCUGCCCCAUCUGCUUGCAUGUCUUCGUGGAGCCGGUGCAAUUGCCGUGCAAGCACAACUUCUGCCGGGGCUGCAUUGGCGAGGCGUGGGCCAAGGACAGCGGCCUGGUGCGCUGCCCGGAGUGCAACCAGGCCUACAACCAGAAGCCGGGCCUGGAGAAGAACCUGAAGCUCACCAACAUCGUGGAGAAGUUCAACGCCCUGCACGUGGAGAAGCCGCCCGCGGCGCUGCACUGCGUGUUCUGCCGCCGCGGCCCCCCGCUGCCCGCGCAGAAGGUCUGCCUGCGCUGCGAGGCGCCCUGCUGCCAGUCCCACGUGCAGACGCACCUGCAGCAGCCCUCCACCGCCCGCGGGCACCUCCUGGUGGAGGCGGACGACGUGCGGGCUUGGAGCUGCCCCCAGCACAACGCCUACCGCCUCUACCACUGUGAGGCCGAGCAGGUGGCCGUGUGCCAGUACUGCUGCUACUACAGCGGUGCGCAUCAGGGACACUCGGUGUGCGACGUGGAGAUCCGGAGGAAUGAGAUCCGGAAGAUGCUGAUGAAGCAGCAGGACCGUCUGGAGGAGCGAGAGCAGGACAUCGAGGACCAGCUCUACAAGCUUGAGUCAGACAAGCGUCUGGUGGAGGAGAAGGUGAGCCAGCUGAAGGAGGAGGUGCGGCUACAGUAUGAAAAGCUGCACCAGCUGCUGGAUGAGGACCUGCGGCAGACGGUGGAGGUCCUGGACAAGGCCCAGGCCAAGUUCUGCAGCGAGAACGCAGCGCAGGCGCUGCACCUCGGGGAGCGCAUGCAGGAGGCCAAGAAGCUGCUGGGCUCCCUGCAGCUGCUCUUCGACAAGACAGAAGACGUCAGCUUCAUGAAGAACACCAAGUCUGUGAAAAUCCUGAUGGACAGGACCCAGACCUGCACGGGCAGCAGCCUUUCUCCCCCUAAGAUCGGCCACCUGAACUCCAAGCUCUUCCUGAAUGAGGUGGCCAAGAAGGAGAAGCAGCUGCGGAAGAUGCUAGAAGGCCCCUUCAGCACACCGGUGCCCUUCCUGCAGAGCGUCCCCCUGUACCCUUGUGGCGUGAGCAGCUCUGGGGCGGAAAAGCGCAAGCACUCAACGGCCUUCCCUGAGGCCAGUUUCCUAGAGACGUCGUCAGGCCCCGUGGGCAGCCAGUAUGGGGCAGCGGGCACAGCCAGCGGCGAGGGGCAGUCAGGGCAGCCCCUGGGGCCCUGCAGCUCCACGCAGCACUUGGUGGCUCUGCCGGGCGGCGCCCAACCAGUGCAUUCAAGUCCUGUGUUCCCCCCAUCACAGUAUCCCAAUGGCUCCGCCACCCAGCAGCCCAUGCUCCCCCAGUAUGGCGGCCGCAAGAUUCUCGUCUGUUCUGUGGACAACUGUUACUGUUCUUCCGUGGCCAACCAUGGUGGCCACCAGCCCUACCCCCGCUCCGGCCACUUUCCCUGGACAGUGCCCUCACAGGAGUACUCACACCCGCUCCCGCCCACACCCUCCGUCCCCCAGUCCCUUCCUGGCCUGGCGGUCAGAGACUGGCUCGACGCCUCCCAGCAGCCUGGCCACCAGGAUUUCUACAGGGUGUAUGGGCAGCCGUCCACCAAACACUACGUGACGAGCUAACGCAGCGCAGGCAGUGGGGUGCUGGGGAAUCUUCCCAGCUCCCCAGUGGCUUGGGAAUUACGCAUCCAGAGACCUGCCCUUCUACCUUCCUGUCUUCCCUCCCUUCCUCCUUCGUUCCCCCC